AUGUCGGAAGAACCUCGCAAACGAUCGCGUUUCGACCAGACCGAGUCUGAUGCGCGCCCUUCUCGCUUCGACCGUCGUUCGCGCUCGCCCAGAAACAGAACCUCAGAGCCUCGUCAACGCACUCGCAGCCCCGUCUCUGGCACAAACAGUCCCGCACCGAAGGAUCCUGCUGCAGCUGCCGCCGCUGCUGCUGCAAAGAUCAAUGCCCAGAUCCAAGCUCGCAAGGGCAUCCAGCAUGUCGACGUUCCCCCGAUCCGUUCUGUACGCCAAAACAACUCGUCCUACAUCUAUCCCGUUUCCGCGCUGACCCGUCAUGCGCAGACCGAANNAAGCCCUUCCGCUACUGGAACACAGUCUCCUGCCGCCGGCGGCUUGAACGCUGACAUCUACACCCAAGAUGGUGAUUUCAUUCGCGACAUCGAAGUCAACGAUCUGCGCAACCGCUACACCCUGACCAAGGGCUCUACUCAGAAAAUGAUCAAAGAAAAGACUGGCGCCGGUAUGCACCAUUUCCACACGUUGACGAUUUGUGAACAAGGCUUAUUUGUCCUAAAGAUGUUACCACUAGAGGAAGCUAUUACCCCGACAAGGCCAUGGCAACCGCUGCCUCUANNGAACCCUCCUCUUUACCUCCACGUUACCAGCACCACUAGAGAUGGCCUCGAGAAGGCUGUGGCCGAGAUUGACGAGCUUAUGAAGCAGGACCUACCCAAUCUCGUAGACGAGAGGCGUUUCCGUCGUAGAGAGCCGGAGCAGGUCGAGAGAGAUUCCAUGGGUCGUGUAAGUCAUUCUCUGAGCCCAACACACACUCCUUGCUUGUCUUUAACACCAUUUAUANNGCGCAAAUGGCCCGAAGAGAAGAUCCCUGUAGAUCUCGAACCCAUUCCUGGCUUCAACCUCCGCGCCCAAGUCGUAGGCCAGGGCGGUUCCUAUGUCAAGCACAUCCAGCAGGAGACUCGAUGCCGUGUCCAAAUCAAGGGCCGUGGAUCUGGUUUCAUGGAGCAUGAUACCGGACACGAGAGUGACGAAUCUAUGUAUCUGCAUGUUGCCGGCCCUGACCCCAACGAGGUUCAACGUGCCAAAGAGCUCUGUCUCGAUCUCUUGGCCAAUGUUCGCACUCAAUACGAGCAGUUCAAGGAACGUGGCCCUCGUGGCGGCAGAGGUGGAGGUGGCGGCGGCGACGAUUAUGGCGAUCGUGGACACCGUGGCGGCUAUGGCGACCGUGAUCGCAACAGCAGCUAUGGAGGUGGACGGGACGGUGGUCGAGAUGGUGGUUAUGGUGGAGGUUACGGAGGUGGUUACGGAGGCGCCGCCUCGCCCGCAGCCGCUCAUACAGGAGCUGCAGCUUCAGCCAUGAGUCCAGGCGCUGCCGCCACGCCCGACUACGCUCAAGCCUAUGCCCAGUACUAUCAACAGAACGGACAGGACCCAUACGCCGCGUACGGAGGAUACGAAGCCUACACAAGAAUGUACUGGCAGUACUACCAGCAACAACAGGGCGGUGUCCCAGGCGCAGAACAGGCUCCUGCCUAUGACAACGGCGCAGCACCUCCUCCUCCUUCCUCUGAAGCUCCUCCACCCCCAGCAGACAAUGAAGCUCCUCCUCCGCCACCACCCAGUGGUUACAACGCUAUGCCGCCACCUCCAGGAAUGUGA